AUGGGAGAAGUUGAAAAGGGGUUCUUUUCGGUCCUGCAGAAAUUAAAAGGAACCACAGAACAGGAGCUUCGGAUAGUCCUCCUGGGUCUAGACAACGCUGGCAAAACAACGCUGCUAAAACAGCUAUCAUCCGAGGAUGUCAACACCAUUACUCCCACACAGGGCUUCAACAUUAAGAGUCUCACGUCUCACGGAAUGAAACUGAACGUGUGGGACAUUGGAGGACAGAGGAAGAUCCGACCCUUCUGGAAGAAAUAUCUGGAAAACACAGAUUUGUUGAUAUAUGUCAUAGACAGUACAGACAAGAAGCGGUUUGAAGAAACAGGACUGGAGCUAUCAGAGCUGAUUGAUGAGGAGAACCUGAAGGGGGUUCCGGUGCUCAUCUUCGCUAACAAGCAGGACCUGGCCACAGCCUCGCCCGCCAGCGAGAUCGCAGAGGGCCUGAACCUGCACACAUACCGCGACCGGGCGUGGCAGAUCCAAGCCUGCUCAGCUGUCUCUGGAGAGGGUGUACAGGACGGCAUGAACUGGAUCUCCAACAACAUUGUAAAUAAGAAGAUAGAUGACUAACCCCUGAAUAUCCAACGUGAUGCUUUUUAAACACACUUUUGAGUGUUUCACAUACAUAUGUUGACACCCAAUGCAAUGGUGACAGGUAUUAUAGAUGAAGCUUUCUCUCUGAAGAUGUCCCCAAAACAUUUGAGAGCUUGCUGGCUUUUCAAAUCCAGCCACAAGAAAAUGGAUGGAAGGUUUUGGGUUCACCACAGAGACCAUCAACAAGAGAAAAAUCACAACUCCCGGUCCCAUUAAGGGUUAUUGCCACUCUGCUCUGGAAUGAUACUGUAUUUGGUUUAGUCGAUGGAAGAAAAAAACUAUCCUUGAAGAGCACAAGUAAAAACAAGGGAGAGAGCAUGUAAUGGGCGAAUAGCCCAACGUUUUGAGUAGAACGUCUCUCUUUAGUUGAAGGCACAU